AUGGGUGCACGCAUUUCACGACUAGACUUAGAUGGAGUCGCCGCUUUAAAAACCGGGUCUCCACGUAGAUCAUCAGAUUCAGAACGAAGAAAAUCUGCUGAAGAAAAAGUAAACGGUCAUGCACACGCCCACCGAGAUGAUAAUCCAAAAUUCGACAUUCCCCGCAAUCUCGAAGGCAUCCCUCGUCUAGAAGUACAACACUACCUAAUGCGCUAUCUAUACCAAGGGAACUUUAAAUCUCCUGUUCAAGAAACUCUCAAUGCUGGUCAUGCACGAGUCCUCGAUCUUGGUUGCGGGGCGGGAACAUGGGCGAUUGAAGUAGCGAAAGAAUUUCCAUCGGCGGAGGUGACGGGGGUGGAUAUUACGAACUUCUUCCCGAGUGACGUGACGACGCCAAAUGUAAACUUUAUCGAACAUAAUUUCCAAGAGAGAAAACGCUUGCCGUUUGACGAUAAUACUUUCGAUCUUGUGCAUAUGCGAUUUUUAUUGGCGGAUGUGAAGGAAGAAGAUUAUCAGAAUACGUUGAUUCCUGAACUUGUACGAGUUACUAAACCGGAUGGGUGGAUUGAGCUGCUUGAAUUCGAUGUACAACAUUAUAGUGAAGGUCCGGUUAUUCGACGACUAACCAAUGCUCUGAGCAAACACCUACAAUCCAAAGGAUAUAACCCAAGCAUAAGCGACAACCUCCCACGCUACUUAAAACAAACCAACCUCGUUGGCACAGUCCACCAAUUCGAUAAGGCCAUCCCACUUGGACAUUGGGCAGGUCGUGUCGGCGAUUUGGCCAUUGAGGAUUUAUCGAUUCUUUUCCUUGAUACUAAUGAACUGCCACAAUCGAUGGGUAUCACUGAGGAGGAGUAUCAGCAUCUGAUUGAAGUAUAUAAAGAGGAAGUUGAGGAACGUAAAACUUUCUUUAGGACCCAUCGAUUCUUUGGGCAAAAGUUUAAUAAAUUGUCUGAGAAGUCAUAA